UAGCUAGUAGCCUUAACUUAGCUAUGAAACCCAGCUGCAGCUAGCUACUGUAUCUAGCUGGCGAACACAUCGCCUGCAACUUAUUUUGCUACAUAAUUUAUUAGAGCUGUUAAAUGUAAUCGCGGAGCAAAUGGUUUAUGAGACUUUGCAGCCAUGGGUGACAUGAAAACCCCAGAUUUUGAUGAUCUUCUGGCUGCCUUUGACAUCCCGGAUGCCCCGGGGUUGGAUGCUAAAGAGCCCAACCAGGAGAGUCAUGAGGAGACAGAAAGUCAUCUAAAACACACAGGGAUAUGUCUGGAUGACAGCUUAUUGAGUAGCCAAGCUGUCACUACAGCAGAUAUUCCUGCUGUAAGUGUCAUUGUGAAAAACACAAGUCGCCAGGAGUCAUUGGAAAGUUUUGAUGAUGGACUUCACACAAGUCCAGAAUUGCAAAAUGGAUUCAGGGAUCAAGAGACUUCCAUUGACUCUGUUGAAACAACUAACACUGGCUUUUCCAAAUCAUUUGCCUCUGCUUUGAAUGGGGAGAGUUCAAGAGAGCUUUUUGGAAAGGCACCUAUUCAACACAAACCUGAUGGAGCACCAAUAUUUUCACAGUCACUUUCUCAUUUUAGCCCAAUAUCCAGUCCUGAGUCUGAAGACAUGCAGUGUAGUAGAGAUGAAAUGCAUCCAAAACAAGAAAGACCCUGUUUUCCAGAAGCUUCAGUUUUGGUUGAGCCUUCAAUCCCAGACAGUCAAAAAAAAUUGGACCUCAGCGUGUUUGAUGAAUGUGUAAAGGACUCUAAUACUCCUAAGAACAUUCAAAGGAGCAGAGCAGAAAGUGCCAGCAGUGAGGAGCCGUCUGACAGCUGUGUCAGUAAUGAAACUGAUAAAAUAUCUAGUGCACACAGUGCACUUCCUCCUCCAAGCGGUAACCAGAACUUGACUGAGAACUGCAAUUCAGGAAGCCCAGUGGAUGUUUCCACAUUUUAUCCACAAGUCAAUUCUCAAACAUCUAAGUUAUCAUCUUGCCUUGAGGCUCUGGUGGCUUUGAAUGCUAGAAAAGAUCCCAGUGAGCACACUACCCCCAGAGAGUCAUCAACCAUUCAGAAUGACUGUAUGAAAUACAGCCCCAAGGUGCCUAUAUCCCCACGAAGUCCCAGAAGUCCACUCGAAGCUGUGAGACGGCUGAUGAAACCAUCUGACAGCCCUGUAAGCAUCUGCAGUGAUAGUAGUGGCAAAGCAUCCCCUGCUGUGGCAUCUGGGUCACCCCCUGCCAUACCAAGAGUCAGAAUUAAGACCAUCAAAACUACAACAGGGCAGAUAAAGCGCACUGUCACCAGUGUGCUGCCUGAUUCAGAAACAGAUGAAGUUCAUUCUGCCUAUGAAUCCUCUCCCUCGCAGAGUAUGAUAAGUGAAGAUUCUUACUGUAAUUUUUCUCCUCAUCAGUCUCAAAUUGCAACUGUAGAAAGCAUUGCAGGAUUGCAGACUAAAGGAACUCCAUUUAGUACAUCUUCACCAAAACGUUUACACAACAAACCAGAGGCAAACUCCAGAAGAUCAGGUAUGAUGGACUCUGCAACAAUUUUCCAAAAUACCAGUGGUCCUGUCAAAAGAUCAAUUGCACAUCAGGGGCAUAAACCAAAGAGAGUAUCAGCUACAACAGGCCAUACAACUAGCACAAACUUCCUUCCCAAAGCAAUGCACUUAGCAAGUCUGAACCUUGUCCCGCACAGUGUUGCUGCCUCAGUAACUGCACGGUCCACCUCUCACCAACAGAGCCAGCACGCGCUCUCCUCAACGGUGUACAGCACUGUCCCAUUGGUGCAUCAGGUGAAAACAGCCAACCCUUACCCGCGAACCUCCAUCCCCAACACAGCAGCAGGAACCUUAAACAGGCUAUUGAGCAACACCAACCCUGUGCCUACAUAUGUACCCAACCUUAGCCCACCUCCAGAGAGUAACAUCAACCUUCCACCACGUGGGUACUGCUGCCAUGAGUGUGGGGACUCCUUCGGGGUUGAGAGGAGUCUUGCAUAUCAUUACAGCAGGAGGAGCGUUCACAUUGAAGUAGGAUGUACGCACUGCGCAAAGACGAUGGUGUUCUUCAACAAGUGUGCCCUUUUGGCACAUGCACGGGAGCACAAGAACAAUGGUAUGGUGAUGCAAUGCACGCAGCUCCAUAUGAAACCCAUAGCAGAGGAACAAAUGUUUGUUCCUUUGAGUGCUGAACCAGUUAAAGUUGUCUCUCACACCACACCAUCACCCUCACCUAAAAAUCAACCAGUCAUGCCUCUAUAUCCAGACAAUGUCAUCCGCCACAGACUUCGCUGCUUGGAGUGUAACAAGCAGUUAUCUGACUACAAAGCACUCGCAGGCCAUUACCAGAGGCUGUCUGAAGAUAUCGAAGGAUUAAUGUGUAAGGUUUGCUCAAUGUUGCUACCCAACAAGUGCAGCUUCAGAGCUCACCAACGCAUUCACACUCACAAGUCCCCUUACUGUUGUCCUGAGUGCGGUGCCCUGAGUCGCUCUGCUGACAUACAGAAGCAUGUCAAGGAAAACUGUCUGCACUAUGCACGCAAAGCCUGGUACAAGUGUCUUCACUGUGAUAUGGUUUUCAAGACCCUUCAAGGACAAAAGACUCACAUUGAAGAGAAACAUUGUGAAAUGUUAUACAAGUGCUCCAUCUGCCCAGUUGCCUGCAAGACCUCAGACAGCUGUGAAGUUCAUCUGAAAAAUAAGCACAAUUCUAGCAAAGUUUCCCCUCAGUUAAUCUUUAAGUGUUCAUGUGAGAAAAUGUUCAAGAAAAAGCAGUUACUGUUUCAACAUUUCCAUCAGGACGCCAACAAGCGCCUCGUGUGUAUAUUCAAGUGCCCAGAAUGUAACUCAGUCUUUCCACAAAAGCAUCUGUUAAUGCAACACUUCAAGAGUGUCCACGGAGGAGACAUGAGACCAGAGGCAGACAAGAACAGUAAACAAACUGUCAGAAGUGACUGGCAGCAGGAUGCGCAUUCCGUCCAACAGCAGAAGGGUCACAACCCUGUUAAACGCACAGAUAGUCCCAGAAAAAAGGCAGAGCAGGAUGGCAAACCUCGUGUGAAGCCCACCGGCUGGACGUGUGGGGAGUGUCUCCAAUGGUUCCCUGAACGAGACUCGUAUGUUUCCCACAUGAAGACCAACCAUGGAAAGAGAUAUCGCUGCCGACAAUGUGAGCAGUCUUUCAACUCUACAACCAGUUUAAGACGACACAUUCGCAAUGACCACGAUGGGAAAAAGAAAAUAUACACUUGUUGGUAUUGCACGGAUACAAAGACCAUAUUUAGGACGAGUGUGAUGCUGAAGAACCACAUCAGUCUUAUGCAUGGAAUCAAAAACCCCGAUCUAGGCCAAAUGCCAAAAACAUCCAUCCAGGAAUGCAAAACGGCUUCAGACAAGGGUCCUAUAUUACAAAAGCCUGCCAUUGGGACACAGGAGGAGGGGCAGGAUCACACUGGCAAUCUGGAGGCUCCUUCAGCAAAGCGACUGAAAACUCAAUACCGCUGCUCAAAGUGUGGUUUCAUCACAGCCGACGACACACAGUUCCAGCAGCAUAUACCUCAGCAUAAAACUGAUGAAAACACUCCUCAGUGCCUUCACUGCGGCCUGUGUUUCACAUCAGUGCUGUCACUCAACAGACAUCUUUUCAUCGUACACAAAGUCAAAGAUCUUGAGGAAGAAGAGAAAGGAGAGGUUAGUGAGAAGAAGAAGAAGCAGCAGCAAGUUAGAUCAGCAGAGACCAGUGAGGUGAACGACCUGUUACUGGAGCUAAAUGAAACUCAGUCCUCACAAGCAGGAGAGCCAACAAGUCUGCAGUGUGACAAGACCGCCGAGUGUAAUUUAAAACUGAGCGCUCACUCUCAGACACAAGCUGUCUCUCUGCAGCAGUAAGAGCCACCUCAACACACCUUGGAAGCUGCUUUAAUAGCUUCAGUGUUCAUAUUAAAGUAUUUAACAAUGCUCGAUGUUCUGCAUGGAGGUGGUACAAAGUCAUUGGGCUUUUUUUAUUUUUUAAAUCCCUCUUAGAAUAUUCAGAAGCAGUGCAGCACAUUCAAACGGUUUCAUAAAGAACAGUAUUUUCAUACAUACAAGGACGUAUUGAUAAUCAUUUUUCAAUUAUUUUUAUUUAACUUUGCAUGUUGGCAAUAUAUUCCUUUUGCCUUUCAGACGACAGCGUAUAACAGCUUCUUUCUUUUUUUAAUAAACAAAUGUUGCAUCCACCCUGACAGAAAACUGAGGAAUGUCUAUUAGUUUUAAGGUAUGGUAGUGAUUGAUGUCAGUGAAGUGGUGGAUUUUCUUCUUUUGUAAUCAACAGCAGUUCAAAUUGCUUAAAUGUUGUCUAAAGUAUUUAAUGCUACACACUAUUACCUGGAUAUGAUCCAGGUUACUGUUUAUUAUAACAUGACAGCGUUGCAGUUCAUUUGCAGUACAAAGCUAGAAUUUUAGUCACCAUUUAUUACAAAACAUAGUAUAGUUCAAUAUUCAUUUAAAAACAUUACUUCUGCGUUUAUGCUAAACAGUUCAUCUAAAAAAAUGAGAUAAAAUACAGGCUUGGAUUUGCCUUGCUAAGCAAAGCCUACUAGUUAGGCUACCGUAUAUGCAAGAACAAGACAUGCUUUUGAUUAUAUAAGCAUUCUGAAAAGCUUUUGUUUUAAGGUUUAUUGAAAAUGUUUGAUUUGUGGGUACAUGUGAUGUCCCAGAUCUGGCCUUUUUUUCUUUUUCUUUUUUUUAACAUGUUCUGGUUUUUCUUGUUGAAUGAGUGUUCAGUGAAAAGGAGGGUUAUUGGAUGUGUGGUUCAGCAGUAUUGAAAAUACCUCAAAUUGCCAGAAGUGUGUUUUUCAGGCAAGUGAACGGUCAAUGUUAUGUCAAAUCAGGGUACAUUGUUUUGGGUAAUCCAGAUCAGGUGUGAAAGUGACAUGUGAUGGUUUAUCGGAGUGAACAUUUUAUAAACCGGGACCUGUUAACAUGACAUUUCUCAUACUAAUAAUAAUAAUAAUAAUAAUAAUAAUAAUAAUACAUUAUUAUUAUUAUACGAGUAAGAUGGAGGAGCUUUUUUAAUGCAUGAUCAUUUAAUAGCUCACAGUGUUGGAUAGCUAUUGUUGGCAGGUUCUGAUUUGUAAAGCUGCACUUCUUGUUUUGUAUUGAAUACACGGCAGUACCUACCUCCAUGGUAAAAGGCAGUGAUGAAUAAUUAGUGUUAAAUGUUGAAAGGCUUUGAGGAGUUGCAGAUAAUCUCAGUGCAAUGUAAAAUUAGUUUAUAGAAUGUGUAUUAUCCCACAUUAUUCAAUUUUAUAAAUUAUUUUGGGAAUGAUAUUAAGGCUAUAUGGUCAUAUUGACUCACUGGCAAGUGAACUUUUCUAUGUAAGUGCUAUAUGAGCUCUUUAUUUCUCUGUAAUCUUGAGUCCUUAAAUCGCCACACUGCAGCUAUUUGUCUGCAGAGGCUGAAGAGAAAGUCUUGUUCACGACUUGUUCUUUUGUAGUGCUUGUUGAAAGAUAUUUGUACUUUUGAUACUGUGUACAGUGAGGACUUGUGUUGGAAAGUAACUUGUGUACAUACAGUAGCCAAUGAACCCUGGAUUCACAGCAUUUCUUAAGCCAUUACAUCUAUUCAGCAUGCAGUGGCACAUGUGCCUUGCUGUUAUGUUUACUUAAAGUACUUACAAAUAAAUUGGUGCAUUU